UGUAGCAUAGAACAACGAGGAAACGUCGCCGUAACAAAGUAUUUCCCGCGCUAUCGCCUGCUUUUUCUACUCAAUCGUAGCUAGAAUUUCAAGUUGUGUUCCGCAAAAUCUAUCGAAAUGGCAGUUUUCGAGUCACCAAAACCCAGAAUAAACCAUUCUAUGCUGUCUCAAUAUAUCAGCAGGGCGAUUUGCUUCGUUGGACGUGUUGAGAAGGUCCAUCCAACUGGAAAAUCAUUCACUCUUUCGGAUGGAGAAGGGAAGUGUGCAUCAGUGGAACUUAACGAGCCACUUGAUGAGGAGCUGAGUGGGGUGGUGGAGGUGGUUGGUGUAGUGUCCAACAAAGGGGCAAUAAUGGCCUCCGCAUACAACAUGCUCAGAGAAGACCAAGGCAUUCCUUUCGACUUGGAGUUGUACAAUGAAGCCCUGAAAGUCAUCCAUGAAUACCCCCAGCACUAUCCGUUUGAAUUAGCCACCAGUGGAUGAGCACUAUCCACUUAUUCAUUCAGAUCAUUGUCAAUGUGAACCUCAAUUGUCUUGUUGCCUUUUUUAUUCUAUAUAUCUCAGUUCUAAAUAGAUAUGUAUAGUUUUUUUUCUAUUUCUUUCUUUUGAAAAUAAAAGCCUUUAACUUGUC